GGAGGGAGGGAGGGAGGGAGAGAUGGAGGCUAGAGAGAGAAAGGCAAUGGCAAUGGUGGCACUGCGUGCAAUAAUAAUUCUUCAGCUCCUUUGCUCUGCUAGUAGCGUUGCUGCCGCCAUAGAUCGCAGGGAAUUUCCUCAGGCUUUCCUCUUUGGGACCUCCACCUCAGCUUAUCAGAUAGAAGGUGCAGUUUCAGAAGGUAACAAAGGUUUAAGCAAUUGGGACGUUUUCAGUCAUUUGCCAGGAAAAAUACAUGAUGGCAGCAAUGGUGAUGUUGCCGAUGACCACUAUCAUCGAUAUUUGGACGAUAUCGAGUUGAUGCAUUCUCUUGGUGUUAACUCCUAUAGAUUUUCCUUAUCAUGGUCGAGGAUUCUCCCAAGAGGAAGAUUUGGAGAGGUUAAUCCAGUGGGCAUAGAGUUUUACAACAACCUUAUUGAUGCUCUUUUAGUCAAAGGAAUACAGCCUUUUGUCACACUGAGUCAUUUUGAUAUACCUCAAGAACUUGAAGAUCGAUAUGGUGCAUGGCUGAGUCCCCAGUUACAGGAAGAUUUUGGACAUUAUGCAGAAGUAUGUUUUAAGGCAUUUGGUGAUAGAGUAAAAUUCUGGACAACAUUUAAUGAGCCAAACUUUAUGGUGAAAUUUGGUUAUAGCGUUGGAACGUACCCUCCAGGUCAUUGUUCAGAGCCAUAUGGGAACUGUGCAUUUGGCGAUUCUUCAUCUGAACCAUAUAUCGCCGCACAUAACAUUAUAUUGUCGCAUGCAACAGCAGUGGAUAUCUACAGGAAAUUUUAUCAGGUAAGUCAAGGAGGCUCUAUUGGAUUAGUGAUUCAGAGCAAGUGGUAUGAGCCCCUAAGAAAUGCUACCCAAGAUUUAUUGGCGGCUCAACGGGUUUUAUCUUUUGCAGUUGGAUGGUUCCUAGAUCCUAUAAUGUUUGGUGAUUAUCCUGUCGAAAUGCGCAGAGUUCUUGGAUCAAGAUUACCACAAUUCACAUCUGAAGACAGGAGAAAACUUCAGAAUAAAUUGGAUUUCAUUGGACUCAAUCAAUAUACAGCUGUUUAUGUGAAAGACUGUAUUUAUUCGCCAUGCGUGGUGGAUACCAACGAUGGAAAUGCAUUAGUAUCCACAUCUGCAGAAAGAAAUGGUAUACCCAUUGGAUACCCGACUGGAAUCCCAAAUUUUGACGCGGUUCCACAUGGAAUAGAGAAGUUGGUCCUCUACGUCAUGGAAAGAUAUAAUAACACUCCUAUGUACAUCACGGAAAAUGGUUAUAGCCAAAAAUGCCAUGAUGGGACUCCCACCGAUGAGUUACUCAGUGAUGAGGAAAGAAUAGACUUCAUCGGAAGCUACCUCACUUCUCUUUCUGCUGCCAUGAGGCAAGGAGCAGACGUUCGGGGCUAUUUCGUGUGGACUCUGAUGGAUAAUUUUGAGUGGGCAUUUGGCUACACGCUAAGAUUUGGAUUGUAUCACGUAGACUACAAAACACAAGAGAGAAUUCCAAGAUUAUCUGCAAAAUGGUACAAGCUUCUCGAACCUAAAAAUAUUUAG